AUGGCAGCCACCUUCGCCCGCCAUCACAACUUCGACCACGUCCCCACGUACAAUCACGGUAACGCCAUCGCGAACCAACAGCCACCUUACGAUGCCUAUGCCGCGUCGCAUCAUCAUGUCGCAGUCCGCAACGGCAACAUGGCAGCCUAUUGCGAGCCCACCACCGCCAACGCCCAACAUGCUGCCAGUAUGAACGACCACGGGCAACAGCACGAUAACAGCUACUCCCCAGACGACACGUCUGGAAAGCGCGAAAGCUUCCAGCAUGGCUUAGCUGGCCAACAUCACGACUACAGGAUCCAUAGCCCUACAUCCGAAGCAUCCUACAUCGGCAUCCAGCACAAUUCGGCACAAGCACCCCUAGACAAUGACGCGUCCGACAGUCAGUUCGCUAUGCUCCCGCCUUCCAACUCGAUACACCCUUCAUGGCAAUCCCUCCACGAUUACGCGCAGUCGCACGCCGCCGAAAACGGAUAUGCGCUAUCUAUCAAUACGACGGCUAAAAACCGGUCGCGCAUCAAGCUCGCCUGCGUCUGCUAUGGCCAGCCAAAGAACACCCAUAAGCUUACAGCCGAGACGAGGGUCAGGAAGAAUAGGGUCAGCUAUAAGACAGGAUGCAAGAUGUGGAUCGAGGGCAAGAAACAGGACGACGGCACAUGGCUCUUGCGCGUGGGCGAACCACAACACAACCACCCCGGGCGCGAGAGUGCCGGAUGGGCUGUACAACGGAAGAGGACGUGGGGUGUAGUCGGAGGGCGCAUCGGGGUUGGAGGCGUCACAGCGAAGGAGGAACUCGCCAAGUCGAGCCUGACGCAAAAUCAGGAAACCCUCGAAGACGUGGACGCGGAAGCCGACGGCGACGAAGACAUACCCAGCGCAUCUACCCAGGCACCGAAGAAGCCACAACACAGCCUCGAGCGUGGCGGUCUCGUCUGGAGAAUCGUUGAGCAGGAAAUGCUACGAAAGGGCGAACCCAAUCAGGGACGCGACCGAGGGGUUGGAAGAACAGUCGAAGUGCUACAAGCAAGACUACCUGGCAUACACAUCUUCAAGCGCGACGUAUACAACAUACGAGCGCAGAUAAAGCGAGCCCGGAAAGCAGCGGGUCAACAAGUCGGCGACGGCCUCAACAGCUCAGACGACGAGGCUGAGGGCGAAGCCGAAGCCGAUAUCCACGACACCGCACAACUCAACGCCGACACCAGCACAAACCAUCCGACUCAACGACCCGCUCCACACCCACAAAACACAUACCAACACCCCACUCCUCACACCCUCAAACCGCCCGCGCCCUUCCCACUCGUCCGAAAAGAUUCACGAAUCGACCCCACACUGGACAAUCGCGGUCCACCACCGAAUCCUCCUGAGGCCGUCGAUAUAGAAGUCGACCAGUUGAGGCGGGAGAAUGCAGAGCUGAGACGCAUGUUGACGGAACGGACGAAGCAGGUCAAGGAGAAGACCACGGAGUUGGCGGAGAGGGCCAAGGAGAUCAAGGAUAAGACUACGGAGAUGGCGGCGCUGAAGAGCCAGGUUGAGCUGUUGAGUAAUAUGAUGAUGACGAGUGGGAGGGGGUUGAUUGGGGGGUAG